AUGGCCAACCAGCUCGACAACUCCACGGGGGACCUCUCCUGGCUGCUCCGCGUCUCCGCCUCCUCCUCCGCCGGCGCCGGCGAGGACGACUUCGACAUGCACAUCGGCCUGCCCCCCAUCGCGCAGAACGAGCCCAUCCUCUUCCUCAUCUGGGAGCAGAUCGCGGUGCUCUACACGGGCAACCUCGACGCCCGCGCCGACGCCGCCGCCAGCCUCGUCUCCCUCGCCCGCGACAACGACCGCUACUCCAAGCUCAUCAUCGAGGAGGACGGGGUGCCGCCGCUGCUCAGGCUCGUCAAGGAGGGCCGCCUCGAGGGACAGGAGAGCGCCGCGCUCGCCAUCGGACUCCUCGGCCGCGACCCCGAGUGCGUCGAGCAGAUGGUGCUCGCGGGCGCCUGCGCCGCCUUCGCCAAGGUGCUCAAGGACGCCCCCAUGAAGGUGCAGGCCAUGGUCGCAUGGGCCAUCUCCGAGCUCGCCGCCAACCACCCCAAGUGCCAGGACGCCUUCGCCCAGCACAACGCCAUCCGCCUGCUCGUCGGCCACCUCGCCUUCGAGACCGUGCAGGAGCACUCCAAGUACGCCAUCACCUCCAAGUUGUGCAUACAUUCCGUCGUCAUGGACAAAAAGAACAACAACGGCAUGCCGGACUUGCUCGAGGAGCAUCAGCAUAACACAGAGAGGCACCCUGCUGCUGGAAAUGCUUCCCAGAGCAAGAACGAGAUGCACAGUUUGGUCCAGUCCACCAUGGCCUCAAAGUCCAACUCCUCCAACUCCAACUCCAACUUCAAUGGCGGCAGCAGCAAGGGCGGUAACGGAGGCGGUGCUAUCGCGUCAAAGCAGCAUAAUGCAUCACUGUCAGGGACAACCACAAGGGGCAGGGAGUUCGAGGACCCCGAGACAAAGGCAUACAUGAAGGCCAAUGCCGCCAAGGCUCUGUGGCACCUCGCCAAGGGCAAUGCUGCUAUCUGCAAGAGCAUCACCGAGUCAAGGGCUCUUCUCUGCUUUGCGGUUCUUCUGGAAAAGGGGGAAGGCGACGUGCAAUACAAUUCUGCGAUGGCUCUCAUGGAGAUCUGCAGUGUCGCCGAGCAGAACUCCGACCUGCGACGCUCAGCAUUUAAACCGACCUCUCCCGCCGCCCGUGCCGUUGUUGACCAGCUCCUGCGUGUUGUCGAGAAGGCCGAGUAUGAUGAGCUCCUGAUUCCUUGCAUUAUCUCAUUGGGCUGCCUGUCCAGAACCUUCCGUGCAACAGAGACUAGGAUCAUUGGGCCACUGGUGAAGCUUCUCGAUGAGAGGGAAGCAGAUGUCUCCAAGGAGGCAGCAAUGUCCCUUACCAAGUUUGUGUGCACGGACAAUUACCUGCGCGUUGACCAUUCCAAAGCAAUCGUCGAUGCGGGUGGCGCAAAGCAUCUUGUUCAGCUCGUGUAUUUCAGCGAGCAGGCGGUUCAGCUGGCAUUGGCACAAGCUGAGAUCCUCACGGUGCUCGAAUGGGCCUCCAAACAAGCAUACAUGAUGCAAGACCCGACAAUCGAGAACUUGUUGCCAGAGGUGUCCUGGGGGGUCUCUGCCUGUCAAAGCCUGCGUUGUCACUCAAGGGUGGUAUCAUAUCAUAUGUGCAGAUGGGAAUGA